UCUCCUCUUUCCCGACAAUAGGAAAGAAAAAGAAGGCAGCUAUGCUUAUGAUAACACUGUUAUUUAGAAAGAGAAAGUAAGUAACUUAGAGAGAGAAAGACAAAAAAUCAGGGGAAAAAUCAAUGAGAUUUUGACAAAAAUGGCGGUUUUCUAGGAUUUCUUUGCUCAAUUUUCUAGGGGUUUAAUUCAGCUGAAAUUGAUUGAUUAAUUGAAAUUAUUUGAAGCUUGUUGAUUGAAUUUUCCAUGGAAAUGCCUGGUAGAAGAUCAAAUUACACACUUCUAAGUCAAGUAGACGAUCAUUCAACGCCGCCACCGCCAGCGACGGCGGCGUCAAAGUUUUCCGGCGUCGGAGGAGAGAGAAACGUGUUUCCGGCGUCGAUCGGGUUGCAGAGACAGAGCAGUGGGAGUAGUUUUGGGGAGAGUUCAUUGUCGGAUCAUUACGUGCCAUCGAUCUCGCUACCGGCGAGCGAUCUCGAUGGUUUUAGCUACUUGCAGGAGGAGAGAGGUUCGAGAAAGAGGGCGGCGAUUGACGGUGUUGGCGGCGGCGGCGGUGGUGGCGGAGAGUCUUCGUCGUCGAAGAGUUGGGCGCAGCAGACGGAGGAGAGUUAUCAGCUGCAAUUGGCGUUGGCUUUGAGACUUUCUUCGGAAGCUGCUUGUGCUGAUGAUCCUAAUUUCUUGGAUCCGAUGCUGGAUGAAUCUUCGUCUCGGUUGUCUUUCUCCGAAUCCGCCGAGUCCAUAUCUCAUCGAUUUUGGGUAAAUGGCUGCCUCUCGUACUCUGAUCAAAUUCCUGAUGGAUUUUAUCUCAUACAUGGGAUGGAUCCUUAUGUUUGGACAGUGUGUGCUGAUUUACAAGAGAAUGGUCGCAUUCCUUCUAUUGAAUCACUGAAGUCGGUAACUUCUGUAAAUGAAUCUUCACUUGAGGUAGUUUUGAUUGAUCGGCGCAGUGAUUCCACAUUGAAGGAUUUGCUUAACCGGGCUCUUGAUAUAUCCUGUAAUUGCAUGACCUCUGAUGAAGUUGUUGAUCAGAUGGCAAAGUUGGUGUGCAGCCGCAUGGGGGGAGCAGCUUCAACCAGAGAGGAGGAAUUGGUUCCCAUCUGGGAGGAGUUCAGUAAUGGUCUCAAGGAUUGUCUGGGGUCUGUUGUGCUUCCUGUUGGUAGCUUAUCUAUUGGCCUAUGCAAACAUCGUGCUUUGCUAUUUAAAGUCCUUGCUGAUUCAAUUGAUUUGCCAUGCCGAAUUGCCAAGGGCUGUAAAUAUUGCAACAGAAAUGAUGCUACCUCUUGCCUUGUACGGUUUGGACCUGACAGGGAGUAUUUGGUUGAUUUGGUUGGGAAGCCUGGUUGCUUAUGUGAGCCUGAUUCCUUGCUUAAUGGUCCAUCUUCCAUAUCGAUUUCUUCACCAUUGCGUUUUCCACGAUUUAGAACAGUUGAACCUGCCAUAGAUUUCAGGUCACUGGCCAAACAGUAUUUUUCAGAUUGUCAAUCUCUGAAUCUUGUAUUUGACAGGCCUUCAACAGGUACAGUUGUAAAUGAACAAGAUGCAGGAGAUCCGAUGUAUCUUAAGCAACUUGCUAGGAAGCUUCCUGAUGCAAAUAAUCCUGUACCAAAUGACCAAGUACAUUCUCAGUUUGUUGGUCAUGAUAGAGAAUCCCAGUCUUCUGAUUCUAGUAGUCCUCCACAAAAUAUUGGAAAAGUACCUAAUGCCAACAGAGAGUUCCUUCAAUCAAGAUUUGUUCCUCCUAGCAGACAACGAGUGACCCAGCCAUUCACUGAUUCAACGAGAAAUACAUCUAAUGAUUUUCGGUUUGAGGCUGGUCAGCUAGUUUCAAGUAGAAGUGAAGCUGCUCUAGACAUGGAUGAUUUGGUCAUCUCAUGGGGUGACCUUGUCGUAAGGGAUAAGAUUGGAGCAGGUUCGUUUGGGACUGUCCAUCGUGCUGAAUGGAACGGAUCGGAGGUUGCGGUCAAAAUUCUCAUGGAGUCAGAUUUCCAUCCAGAGCGAUGUAAUGAAUUCUUGAGGGAGGUGGCAAUAAUGAAACGAUUACGGCAUCCAAAUAUAGUUCUCUUCAUGGGGGCAGUUACUGAGCCACCUAAUUUGGCCAUAGUGACAGAAUAUUUAUGCAGAGGAAGUUUAUACAGGCUUUUACAUAAAUCGGGUGGCAGAGAAGUGUUGGAUGAGAGGCGGCGUUUGAGUAUGGCUUAUGAUGUGGCAAAGGGAAUGAAUUAUCUUCAUAAGCGUAAUCCACCUAUUGUUCAUCGGGAUCUAAAGUCUCCUAAUCUUUUGGUGGAUAAGAAAUACACUGUAAAGGUCUGUGAUUUUGGCCUUUCGCGUCUAAAAGCAAAUACUUUUUUGUCAUCAAAAUCAGCUGCAGGAACGCCUGAGUGGAUGGCACCUGAAGUUCUCCGUGACGAGCCGUCAAAUGAGAAAUCAGAUGUCUACAGCUUUGGUAUAAUAUUGUGGGAACUUGCAACAUUGCAACAACCGUGGAGCAGCUUAAAUCCUGCUCAGGUUGUUGCAGCUGUUGGUUUUAAGGGCAAGAGACUUGAUAUUCCACGUGAUGUAAAUCCUCAAAUAGCUGCUAUUAUUGAGGCGUGUUGGGCAAAUGAGCCUUGGAAGCGUCCAUCUUUUGCCAAUAUCAUGGAAUCCUUGAGGACACUUCUUAAACCUCCUGCACCUCAAUCAGUACGUGGAGAUGCACACAUCAUUACGUAAAUCAUUUGUCAGAUGGGAGUUUUGCCGCUUUGCUCUCCUCAUUCGUAUUUGCAAGAUUAUUUUCCUGGCGAGACAUUUGGAAAAGGGUAUCUGUCCAUCCAAUAAUCCCAGGUCAAAUGCUGUACAUCUCUGUUACCUUGCCAAUUGAGAAUUGAUUUUUUUGACAAAUAUACAUUACUCAUACUACUAUACUAGAUGAUCAAAAUGAAUAGUCUUCCAGUACAGUUGUCCGCCUAUUCUAAUUGUAUCAUUAUGAUUUUGUAUGUAAUUUAAAGCACCGAUGCGGACAAGGUUUCUGGAAAUUAGCAUCUGAGUGAAUUGUGCAUAAUUUGACGUAGGAACUAGAUAGAUUAAAAAAAAAACAGUAUUUUUUUUUUUCUCUUGAUUUCGGCACUUUAAAUUUGUAAUAGCACUCUUGCUUAUUCUCUCAUUGAUGAUAAAAGUAGGGUGGGAGUGUUGAUGUAAAUCAUAUCUCAAUCAGUAUAAAAGUCCUAACGAAGAAAGGUUGAGCA